CACAGCCUCAGUACGCCGGGCUGUCAUCCUCCACCAGGUCUGCGCCGUGGUCCCCCUUCGGGUUUCAUCGGGUUUCACAGCUGGCGGAUACAACAUGGAGACGAUUUGAGACGCACGGCGCCGAGCAGUCAGCAGUUUCACUUGCUUAAAAAAAGAAAAAGGACACAUUCUCUUGCCGCUCCUCCGGCUGAAGUCAGAAUCAUGAUGGAGUACUGGAGGCAAUGCGCGCUGUGGUUAAUAAACUGCAAGGUGCUUCCAGCGAACCACCGGGUGACAUGGGAGUCUGCUCAGGUAUUCGACUUGGCGCAGACGCUCCGGGAUGGAGUCCUCCUCUGCCAUCUGCUCAACAACCUGCGGCCCCAGUCCAUCAACCUGAAGGAAAUCAACCUCCGGCCGCAGAUGUCACAGUUCCUGUGUCUGAAGAACAUCAGGACGUUCCUGGCGGCGUGCAACGACGCAUUCGGCAUGAAGAAAAGCGAGCUGUUCGAGGCCUUUGACCUGUUUGACGUCAGGGACUUCGGAAAGGUUAUGGACACACUCUCUAAACUUUCCCACACGGCGAUCGCACAACAAACUGGAAUUAGGCCCUAUCCAUCUGAAGAGAGUGUCGAAGAUGAGGAUAUCUACAACCACCUGGAGGACCUUAUAGACGAGAACGGGGUGGAGGAUGAGGAGGAUCUGUAUGACUGUGUGUAUGAUGACGAAGAUGGAGGGGAGAUCUACGAGGACCUGAUGAAGACGGAAGCCGUCCCUCCUCCGAAGCAUGCAGAGACUGACAUCAGGAGUUGCUGUUUAACAGAGAUCAAGCAGACAGAGGAGAAAUACACGGAGACCCUGGAGUCUAUUGAGAAGCACUUUAUGAUGCCCCUCACCAUGUUUCUGUCCAUCGCCGAGAUGGAAAAGGUGUUUGUGAAUAUCCCGGACCUGGUUAAAGUUCACAAAUGUUUACUGCUGGAAAUCCAAGAGUCAGUCCACCACAGAAGUGCCCACAACCUCUACCAGAUCUUCACCACUUUCAAAGAGAGGUUGCUGAUCUAUGGGAAGUACUGCAGCCAUGUGGAAACAGCCAUCGCCGGUCUGGACGACAUCUGCAAAGACAGGGAGGAUGUACGAAUGAAGCUCGAGGAAUGUUCAAAGAGAGCUAACUAUGGGAAGUUCACACUGAGGGAUCUACUCGUGGUUCCUAUGCAGCGCAUCUUGAAGUAUCACCUCCUCCUGCAGGAGCUGGUGAAACACACUCACGAUGCCACAGACAAGCUUAAUCUGCGAACGGCGUUGGAUGCCAUGAAGGACUUGGCUCAGUACGUCAACGAAGUCAAGCGAGACAAUGAGACAAUGCGGGAAAUAGAUCAGUAUCAGAAAUCCAUCGAAAACCUGAAUCAGCCUCUGAGUAACUACGGGAGACCAAAAGGUGAUGGCGAGGUACGGGUGUCCUCGGUGGACAAACGAGCUAAACAGGACAGGCACAUCUUCCUGUUCGAUGCCGCGGUGAUCGUUUGUAAGCGGCGAGGGGACAACUACGAGAUGAAAGAAGUGAUCGACCUGCACCUCUUCAAGAUCACCAACAACCCCACAUCCGACAAGGAGAAUCGGAAGUGGUCCUACGGAUUCUACCUCACCCAUAACCAGGGCCAGAGCGGCUUUGAAUUCUUCUUCAAGACCAAAGAGCUGAAGAAGAAGUGGCUGGAGCAGUUUGGCAUGGCCAUAUCCAACAUUCGUCCAGAGAAUGCAACGAACAACCUCCACGAGUUUAAUAUGCACACAUUUGAAAAGAUCACCUCCUGCAACUCUUGCCACAUGCUGCUGAGGGGCAUCUUUAACCAGGGAUACCUGUGCUCCAAGUGUGGUUUAGGUGCCCAUAAAGAAUGCCUGGCCCGCUUUGGAAGCUGUGGAAAAACAGAUCCUGACUCCGUCAGAACUCAGGGCAAAGAUCGAGAUGCAGGUCGGCCCAAGAUGCUGGUAAUCAGGAACUACUUUGGUGUGCCGAGCCCAGCGUCUGGCCCAGCGCUCAGCAUCCAGACGGGUGACAUCAUCGAAUUAAUCUGCGCCGACCUUCACAGCCCCUGGUGGCAGGGCAAGGUCCUGACGACGAAAGACGUUGGUUUCUUUCCAAGCGACGCGGUGAAGCCCUGCCCGUGUGUCCCAAAGCCCGUCGACUACUCCUCUCAAGCCUGGUUUGCGGGGCCCAUGGAGAGGCUCCAGGCGGAGGCAGAGCUCAUCAACAGGGUCAACAGCACCUACCUGGUCCGCCAUCGCAGCAGAGAGUACACGGAGUACGCCGUCAGUAUAAAGUACAACAACGACGUGAAGCACAUAAAGAUCCUGACAAAGGACGGCUGCUUCUACAUCGCAGAGAACAAGAAGUUCAGGAGCAUAUUAGAGCUGAUUGAGUACUACAAACACCAUUCCUUGAGAGAAGGAUUUAGGAGUCUGGACACCACGCUGAAGUUUCCUUACCAGGAACCGGAGAACGCUGCGGUGCAGCGCCUCAACCGGUCGGGGAGCAACAUGUUCACUCCAAAAGUGAUCGGCGUGGCGAUCGCGAGGUACGACUUCAGCUCUCGAGACACGCGGGAGCUCUCGCUGCAGGAGGGUGAGGUGGUGAAGAUCUACACAAAGUCGGGAGCCAACGGCUGGUGGAGGGGCGAGGUCAACGGCAGGGUCGGCUGGUUCCCCUCCACCUACGUAGAAGAGAGUGAGGAGUGAAGGGUUCAACGCGGGGAGAAGAAAAAGACAAAGGAAGAGCCGCGGCGGUGGAGUCAGCAAACUGUGAGCGUAACCGUGGCACACAGAGUGAGAGUCUGCACCGCUGCACGCCCGAGUGUUGCUUCCACGAGCGGAGCGGGCGGCUUUGCUCUCCCCCGCGGGGUCCUGUUGCCCGCGAUGCCCCCAGGGGCCUUUUGGCCACGUCGCUGAUCCGAAGAUGCCCCAUCAAUCCUGGUCGACUCCGUGUGGCUAAGUGACUCCACCAAGUAGCAGCUUGCCUGUCAGCGGGGCACGAGCCCUCGCCAGACAUCCCCUCCUCCCUCCCCAACUUCAUCCCGCCAUCCAUAAUUCACCCUGCACUCCCCCAAUUCCCACCUGUUUCUGCUUGCCAAGUCUGCCGUCGCCAGUCCGUCAAAAAGGAGAUUCUCAAAUGCCACUGUCAAUUCAGACACUCACUCCCCCAUCCAUCCAUCCUCCCCACCUCCCCCUGUGAGAAUAGAGUCAUCUGAGCCGGAGAAGACCCGCGCUGUACUGUUUCCUCCGUCCAUCCCCGUCUCUCUCUUUUGACCUUGCCUGUGUGUGUUGCUUCCACUUAUGCGGGUGGUUAUUGAUGACUUGAUGACCCAGAUUCACACACACGACCCACCUCUCCUUCCCUUCAGAUUAUGAUCGCCUCACACGCACCCUUCCAGGAGACGGGGGAGAGGGAUGGCGUCAGAUAGCAUCGCUGCACAGUGCCAGCAAUUGAUCGCUGUUGUUCCUGUUUUCCUCCCGCCUCCUACAUUCUUUAUCUCCGGUCCAGCGUCUCAUGUUUUCAGUUGUCGUGGCCGUUAGCGAUCCGCUCUUAUCAGUGGCAGCUCUGUGGACAGCAGCCCAUUCGCCGAGGGUUUAAUCUUAUCGGAGGCAUUAGGAGCUUGUCGGGGGAACAAGCCACUACCUAGGAGCCACCUGUCCCCUUCACAUGGAGAAGAGAAGAAAAGCAGAUGGAAAGUUCUGCCGUGAAUCUUUUACUAUUUCUGUAUUUAAACUGGGUUUCUGUUCCUUUUUUUUCACUCGAGGAACAUUUGUGCAGAAAACACUUUCAUUUUAUUUAUUGAUGGACUUUAUUCAGGCAAGAAAACAUAAAAAAAUGUUUCCACUGCUCAUAUCUUCCCGCUAAGUGUCCUCCCUCCUCCCCGUGUUUCACCCUCACCCCUUGUGUACUUUAUGCACACUCUCUGCUUAAUCCACGGUGAAAGAGGAUUUGACCACAUUCAAGGGGAAUAAAUACCUUUACAGCAAAACAUGCUGCACACCAUGUUCCCACGCGGCAUCAUAACGCAGUCGCAGUCUGGUGUGGACAAAGAGCGGCUGGAGCUGAGACCAGGAAAAUCCCCGGCGCUCGGCUUUGUGCAGCGAUGUUUUAAUCUCAGCCAGGACGUAUAUUCUAUCUUUCAUAAAGAGAGAAACAAACGACAUGUUUCUCACAUGUUUCAUAUAUGUAUAUACUGAUUAUUUUCUUUAUUUAAUGUGUGAUUGGUGAUUGUUUGUUCACACAAUGAGCAGAAGGCAGGCUAACCCCUCGAUCUAGCCCUUCUUUCUUUGGCUGUAGUUCUCAUGUUACUCUCUCACUCCGCCAGUACUUUCACAUAUAUACGCUGAAGCAUGUCAUUUAAAAAAGACAAAGCAACAUCCAUCUCUUUUCCGCGCAGGGUAACUGAUAAUGCAGUGUACAUAAAAUGAGUUAUCUGUCACUGACACACACAUUGGGGUCGUUUACUAAGAGGCCGCUUUCUUUCGCUGACACCUCAAGUGAAAACAUGUAUCGGACAUUGAACUUUCUCUGUGGCCCCGUUGUGGGUCCAGCCUCUGGUAACAGCCCUCAGGGGCACCGCUUCCAUUCAAAGCUGUCAUCCUCCCCUGUCAUGUCUUCAUUGUGUCCAUGUCUCUGGGAAGUAUGAAUUCAUUGUAAAAAAAUAUGCUUUUGUAUUCACUUAAUAAUGGAGCUAUUAUGUCUGAAAAUCCUUCAUAACCCCCUGACGGCCCUGCCACUCCAAGCCAUUAUGAUAUGUAUGAAAAUGUUUUUUUGUUCUCUGUCAUAUUGUUUAAUACUGGAUGGAAGAAAUGUGUCAAAAAGAGUCACAUUAAUGUAUUUCUGCAUUGUGACGUCAUCCCCCUGCUUCCGAACGAUCAACAGUGUCAUCAAGUGACCACUAGAUGGAAGCAUCCUAAACACAUCUCCUCCGCUGCCAGGCCAGUCACCUCCAACUUGCUUUGAAGUUAGGAGACGACGUCAUCUGAUUUGGAUGGGAGUAAUAUUUCAGCAAGCGUUUAGCAUCGAGCCUCAGACCCGCAGCUCGGACUGAGAGGGAACAAAGACGCCUCGUAGACAAAACAGUGAAUUAAAUAGAUGGAAGAAGUUUCUCGAAAGAAGUGAACGGUCGUAAACUUCGGUCAUGACUUUCCUUCAAAGUGUCCUGAUAUUCCAGGAACUUCCUGUCUGGUUAGUGCUCAUGAUGAUACGCCCCCCCCCCUCCCCCUCCUCCUGCUGCUUCCCAAAGCGUGUGCAGUCUCCGAGCAGUUAUCCAUAACAUGUUUAGGAGAUCUGCAGUGAGGCGGCUGCCAUCCAGUCCCUCCCGUCUUGGGAGAGCGGGAGAGGCCGAGCAGGCUCUCUCUAAUCCACUCCUUCUCCUUCUCCUCCUCCGCCCAGAUGAACUCUGACAGCGGCCUUCCUCCACUCCGAUCUCGCUUCCAGAUUUCUUCUUUUUUUUUUUUGCGUGCAGGAGGGACGGGAGGAAGGCUCAAGGGUACCUGUGAUCUAAUCAUUACAGCAUCUCCUCACCCCGACGACCCCGCUGAAUCCAUCUCUUCUGUCGGCUUCUUCUCUCUCUGUCUCUCCCUUUGUCACUUCUCUUCUCCCGCUCUCUCUAUCCAUCAUCCAAUCUCUGUCUCCUCUUUCUCUCUGCUGUACGUUGGCGGGAGGAGAAUAGAAGCAUCAGGAGAGAGGGAGGCGCUCGGAUGCUCUAUCAACAACCGCAGCAAAUUGAGGAGCGUUUUAAUUUAAUUUUUUUAUUUUGCCUCACGUUCGAGAAAUGCUGCCAAUCAGAGAAAUAAUUAGACGCUGGCUCUCACCACUGUGAUGCCUUCAUAUAACGUGCACUGUGUGCACAGAUCACGACUUCGUGCAGAUUGGCACACAGAGUGUACGUGUGGAAAAACAUUUCGACAGGAUUUAGGCCAGCAGGGGGUUUUAGGAUCCAAUCUUCUUAACCAACAUAGGGGACAAAUGUGAAGUCACCGGAACAGAAACAUAAUACCACCCAUACAUGAAGAAAAUGUGUCAUAUAUUAUUCCUUCCUCUCUGGGCCGAAAAUCCAUCCUUAAUCCAUUUCCAGAUCAUCCACACCUCUCUUGUGUCAUGCCGCUCUGUGAUCCCGUGUCCCGUUGUCCCCCUGAAGCCAAAGAUGUACGCUGUACUUACUGUACAUGUUUGUUCUCGGCACCACGGUACCCGACCGCUGUGGCCUAACUCUAAAACUGUGCAAUCUCGACUGUCGCGUUACCAUGUAUUGUUGCUGUAUCAUACUGUAAAAUAUGUACAUAGCCCAUAAUAAAGAUAUACAUUGCUUCUUCUAA